AUGUCCGGUGAGGAAGUAACAACUCCAGAAGAGUUCGAGAAUGAGAACGACUCGACUUACAAACCACCUCCAGAGAAAACCAUUGAAGAAAUCCUGCAAAUAGACCAGGAGGAUGAGAGUUUACGUAAAUAUAAAGAAACUCUUUUGGGGCAGGCUCAAGCUGGUGUAGUGGUAGUAGAGCCUGAUAAUCCAAAGAAAGUCAUUGUAAAGAAGCUUGUUCUUGUUGCUGCUGACAGACCUGAAGUUGCUUUGGAUUUAACUGGGGAUUUAUCAAAGUUGAAAAAGGAGACUUUUACCAUCAAGGAAGGAGUCUCGUACAGGAUUAGAAUUGAAUUUAUUGUUCAAAGGGAAAUCGUUCAUGGUUUGAAAUAUGUUCAGAAAACCAGCAAAAUGGGUGUUACAGUUGACAAAAUGACCCACAUGGUUGGUUCCUAUGCCCCUAAAAGUGAAAUUCAAUCCUACACCACCCCCUCCGAGGAUGCUCCCUCUGGUAUGUUGGCCAGAGGCAGUUAUACGGUUCAUUCCUUGUUCACUGAUGAUGACAAAAAUGAACAUUUGAAAUGGGAAUGGACCUUUGAGAUCAAAAAAGAUUGGAAAGACUAA